AUGGAAGCAGUUGUGGCAAACAUUGCUCCUUUGGAAGAGGUUCACGACCUAAACCUAGCGAUGUUUAGCUUUUUCCAUAUCGAACCUAUUAUCAUAUUAUUAUUAUUAUUAUUAUUAUUAUUAUUAUUAUUAUUAUUAUUAUUAUUAUUAUUAUUAUUAUUGUUAUUAUUAUUAUUAUUAUUAUUAUCAGCGCUACAACCACUUCUUUGUAAUACUAUAUCUGGGUUAAUUCUUUAG